GUUUGUAGAUGGCGUAAUUUAAGUUCUUUGUUUUCCGUUGUAAACCAGGUCCUCGUUCCUUUGAAACCGGUUGCCGGUUAGACAUACCUUUGACAGUGUAUAAGUACGUUGAGUGACGUGCUCGACUAAAAUCUAGAUUUUUCUAUAAGGAGAAAAGGUUCAAUAAAAUCAGAAUUCUAUUAUCCACAUUUAGAUGUUACAAGUCCAUCAUAUUAAAAUGUAUUGAAUACUUUAUUUGGAAAUAUCUUUUUUUAUACCACAAGUAUAAAAAAUCAUCAUGCCAGUUCCUGCAAUUCAAAAACCAGCUCCUGCUUUCCGUGGCACUGCUGUUAUUAAUGGAGAAUUUAAAGAAAUUUCACUUUCUGAUUAUGCUGGAAAAUAUGUUAUCCUAUUCUUUUAUCCAUUAGACUUCACUUUUGUUUGUCCAACUGAAAUCAUUGCUUUCUCUGAUCGCGUUGAUGAAUUUGAGAAAAUCGGUUGCAAAGUGAUAGCAGCGUCAACUGAUUCUCACUUCAGUCACUUAGCAUGGGUAAACACACCCCGUAAGCAAGGUGGUCUUGGUGAAAUGAAUAUACCCUUACUUGCUGACAAGAGUUCCAAAAUAGCUCGUGAUUAUGGUGUACUUGAUGAGGAAACUGGUGUUCCAUUCCGUGGUCUUUUCAUCAUAGAUGAUAAGCAAAAUUUACGUCAGGUUACUAUCAAUGACCUACCAGUUGGCAGAUCUGUGGAUGAAACUUUACGCUUGGUGCAAGCAUUUCAACACACUGAUAAAUACGGAGAAGUAUGCCCUGCUGGUUGGAAACCAGGAAAGAAAACAAUGAAACCUGAUGUUGUUGGCUCAAAAGAAUAUUUUCAGGAUUCGUAAAUGAAACCAAUAAAAUGAUUCAUUUAAUUUUUUAACUAUCUUGUAUUUGUUAUAGUUUAUUACUAAAAGCAACAGUAAUUUCAUAACUAAUUAUAUGUAUUACUAAAGUAUUGAAAUUAGUUUAACCCUUUGGAACAGUGAAGUUAACUAUAAAUAUAUUUUGUUAUAUGACAUAAAUGAAUCAUGAAUCUCCAUUUUGCUGCAUACUGAGUUUAAUGCUAGUUAUUUUGUUGCAUCAUGUAAAUGACCUUGUAAUCAUGUUAUUUGAAGGGGAAUUUUAAUUUAUGUAAUGAAUUAUAAACGAAUACAUGUCAGAAUAAUUAAUUUUUAAGAGUAGGCUGAAUUAGAGUUUUUCAGUUUGGAAUUUUUACAGGUAUCUUUGUAGUCAUUAAUAACGAAAGGGUUAAAAUAAAAUAUCAGUACUUUAAUUUGUCACAAUAAAUAAAUGUAUUUAUAUAA